AGCUUAUUCUCGAAUAACAAUGUCAGUAACCAAGUUGCCCACGAUCGCAGCCAUGCUGAUUAUAUUCUGUCUGGCGUUGAUAGUUUCCGCCUCGUGCUUAGAGCCUAGAAUAAUCGGAGGCGUACCUACAACUAUCACUAAGCAUCCGUAUCAGGUUUCUAUUCAUUAUAAUGGUAAACUCGCAUGUGGAGGCUCCAUAAUUGGCAAGCAAUGGAUUUUGACGGCGGCACAUUGUGUCUACGGCGGAACACGGUCGCUCUUCAGAGUGCGUGUUGCAAGUAGUUAUCAUGACGAAGGAGGCAUUCUGAUUACGGAUAUUGCUUCGAUUAUUGUUCAUAACAAGUAUACGUCGAGUACUUACGAUUACGAUGUGGCUUUAAUUAAAUUAUCCACACCUUUAACGCUGGGAUCAAAUGUAAAACUUAUUGUACUUGCAUUAUCGUCAUCGAAUAUUAAACCUGGUAGAACGGCAAUUGUUGCAGGCUGGGGAAAGACAUCGGUGAAUAGCGCGAGUUCGAAAAUACUGCAAAGCUUGGUGAUACCAAUCGUUGAUGAAGAGGUUUGUCGAAAGAUCUAUGCUCGUUAUCGGACAGUGACGUCCAAUAUGCUCUGUGCUGGUUUCACCACCGGUGAAAAAGACACCUGCCAGGGAGAUUCCGGCGGCGCGCUCGUGUACAACGGUGUCCAAAUUGGGAUCGUGUCCUGGGGCGCUCAGUGCGCGAGUGUUGGAUUUCCAGGAGUGUACACGCGAAUAUCCGCCAUACGGCAGUGGAUAACCGAGCAGGCGAACGUGUAGCAGAAUUAAUUUUUCCCCUCUUGCCUGAACAUUUUCCGAGAUAGGGGAGAGGUAGCGGAACGUUGAAAAAAUAUUUGUUUCGGUUUAAUCGAAGCAUCAACUAGACUAUUAUGAAAAAAAGUACAAUCUUGUACAAUUUUGUACAAUGCGAAAUACAAGAUUUUGUACAGAUGUGAAAUACAAGAUUUGCGAAUUGUACAUUGUACAUUGUAUUUGCGACUUGUACAAUAAAGAAAAACUAAAUAUAAAA